AUGCUGCAGCUUUCCAAAAAAUCUGACCAUCACCGCGCCUUCAGCAAGAAGCUCCUAGCAUUGUUUGAAUCGUCACCGCUAGCGCAAGAAACAAGGGAUGAAGCUUUCCAAGCCGUACUAGCCGAUAAUGAACGACUUACGGAGGAAAAUAGCCGUUUACAAAGGGAAACAAAUCGAGCGCAGCAGAAAUAUUCCAAAUCUAGUCUAAAGUUGAAAGAGUGUGAGGAUCAAAUAACAAUGCUGACCACCCGCAACGAGGAGCUUGAAAGAGAGCUAGAAGAGGCAAAGUUCGAUCUGGACAAAGCUCAACGUCAGGCGAAUAAGCUCGAUUACAAGCUGUACACGCUUGCAAAGGUGGGAAACUUUUUUACUUCAAUUUACAACUACUCAAUAGGCAUUGAGCCCACAGAAGUUGGUAUUGUCAGUUAGAA